UUGAUAUCGAUCAUACCCCAAGUAAGAACAUGGUGAUGAGAGGCAACAAAAGCAAUGUCAAGACCAUAGAGUUGAUCCUUGUAGUUGUGCGUCUUGUGGCCCUUGAGCAAACCCAGCAAGCACAAACUAAUGUUUGCUGUGUUUUUAUGUCUCAGUCAUACUAUUAUUGGACAUGUCGUGAGGUCGCCCGAUCAAGCAUCGAAACCUGUAGCGAGUUGCCCUUAGUAUUUGGCCAUAUAUGGGACAAUGGGUGCACCUCCCCUUAUGUCAAUCCAGAAAUUCCACACAUACAAGCUGCAGCUGACUACCAUGAAACAACCAUCAACUACAGGAAGCUAGGGCGCACAUCGUCCGUGUGCAACAAAAUUACAUGUGGUGCACUUGUUGUUGGCGGUAACGUGGAUGGGACAUCUGCUACAGAAUGUUGUAAAAAUGCAUGCCACGAUGUGUGCAACAGGGAAGUUCUGAAAUUGCAGAAGUCCAUGAUGCUUAACUAGUUCAGCCGAGGAAUUAGAGUUGAAAGCCAGCUAUAGAAUGUUUGUGUUAUCUUCAAUAAGUGGAUGUCACAUCCAGUAUUUAUAGCAUGCCAAAUGUUCCUUGUGUUGCAAUGUUACUAUUUUAAAUAAGGUUCAUGAGAUGUAUGAUGCAUCAUCUUGUGCAAGAUGUAUGUUGUUAAUUCUCGACAGUUGAACAUA